AAAAGCGGCUACGAAAUGCACCAGCAUCUGCAGAACAUUUGGAGGAGAGUGACAUGGCGGUUCUUCCCACCACAAAUUGCCACAAACUCCAAAACCAAAACCCGAUCUUCUUCGCCGGCGGCUGCCAGAAAAGUCACCGCUCUGCUGCCGCCUUCAGUAUUCGAUUUAAUGGCCAGAAGCUCCGUCGGCCGCUCAUCAUAAGCGAAACGCGCGCCACAUCGAAUUCAAGCGCGAACGGAGACCAAGAUGGCGAAGUGGACAAUCUGGGGGUUAAAGCUGCAUUAUCCAUGCUCAAAUUCUACAAACGAGAAAUCUCGCCGUUAUUGCCAAAUAGUUGUCGCUAUUUACCUACAUGUAGUGAGUAUUCCAUGCAAGCUUACAAGAAAUAUGGUGUUGCGAAGGGUACUAUUUUGACUGCUUGGCGUCUCUGCCGCUGCAAUCCCCUUGGUGGAUCUGGGUUUGAUCCUCCACGAUGGUUUGAUGAAGAAAGGUUGCCAGAACCAGAAGAUUGACAAUUUCAAAUACUGCCAUAGUAAUUGGUUGUGUUGGCUAAUGUGAUUGAUCGUUGUGCUGUUGGGGGGAUCUUUGGCAGCUAAUGACCUGUGCAUAGUGGAAGAUCUAAUGCCCUGAGCAUAGUGGAAGUCUAAUGCCCUGUGCAUAGUGGAUUGUUGUAGAAAGUAACCUGCUAUACAAAUUGAGAUUGAAUUCUAACCUCUAA